AUGUACAGUACCUACAUGUCUCCACCUAGCCUCAUGUACAGUACCUGCUUGUCUCCACCUGUCCUCAUGUACAGUACCUACAUGUCUCCACCUGUCCUCAUGUACAGUACCUGCAUGUCUCCACCUGUCCUCAUGUACAGUACCUGGUUGUCUCCACCUGUCCUCAUGUACAGUACCUGCAUGUCUCCACCUGUCCUCAUGUACAGUACCUGUUUGUCUCCAUCUGUCCUCAGGUACAGUACCUGCAUGUCUCCACCUGUCCUCAUGUACAGUACCUGCAUGUCUCCACCUGUCCUCAUGUAUAGUACCUGCUUGUCUCCAUCUGUCCUCAUGUACAGUACCUACAUGUCUCCACCUGUCCUCAUGUACAGUACCUGUUUGUCUCCAUCUGUCCUCAUGUACAGUACCUACAUGUCUCCACCUGUCCUCAUGUACAGUACCUGGUUGUCUCCACCUGUCCUCAUGUACAGUACCUGCAUGUCUCCACCUGUCCUCAUGUACAGUACCUGCAUGUCUCCACCUGUCCUCAUGUACAGUACCUGUUGGUCUCCAUCUGUCCUCAGGUACAGUACCUACAUGUCUCCACCUGUCCUUAUGUACAGUACCUGCAUGUCUCCACCUGUCCUCAUGUACAGUACCUGCAUGUCUCCACCUGUCCUCAUGUACAGUACCUGGUUGUCUCCACCUGUCCUCAUGUACAGUACCUGCAUGUCUCCACCUGUCCUCAUCCCCAAGUUUAUUCAACAAGAAUAA